CAUUGGGUUGGGCUCUGUAGAAGGCAGCAUUGCUGGAAAAGCUCUCACAAGUGUGGGAAGAAGGGGCUUGCCACUGGCCUGGGCUUCGAGUAAACUUUCUCUCAGUUGGGAAGGAUUUGGAUAUUAAUCAGAAAUAUCUCCAGAAGAUUCAAGAAGCUGUAGAGGUGAAGUAAGUCUGUGAAAGACCAGCAUGGGGAUCCUUUACUCUGAGCCCAUCUGCCAGGCGGCCUAUCAGAAUGACUUUGGUCAAGUGUGCCGGUGGGUGAGGGAGGACAGGAACUGUGUCAAUGUUCAAGAUGGCUUUAAUGGAGACACUCCACUGAUCUGCGCUUGCAGGCUAGGGCACCUGAGAAUCGUUUCCUUCCUUUUAAGAAGAAAUGCUGACGUCAGCCUCAAAAACCAGAAAGAGAGAACCUGCUUGCAUUAUGCUGUGAAGAAAAGAUUUACCUUCUUUGAUUAUCUACUCAUUAUCCUCUUAAUGCCUGUCCUGCUUAUUGGGUAUUUCCUCAUGGUAUCAAAGACAAAGCAGAAUGAGGCUCUUGUACGAAUGCUACUUGAUGCUGGAGUCGAAGUUAAUGCUACAGACUGUUAUGGCUACACUGCAUUACAUUACGCCUGUGAAAUGAAAAACCAGACUCUUAUCCCUCUGCUCCUUGAAGCCCAUGCAGACCCCAUGAUAAAGAACAAGCAUGGUGAGAGUUCCCUGGAUAUUGCACGGCGAUUAAAAUUUUCCCAGAUUGAAUUAAUGCUAAGGAAAGCAUCAUAAUCCUUGUGAACUCAGAUGGAGAAGCAGAAAAAGUUAAAGGACUGGAUUCUAUCUCCUUCUUGGCCUAAUGGUCUGUGGGUCACUCAGCCUGGAUGCCACCAUUUUAAGGGGAUAAUGAUGGUUGCCACGGGUAACAUUUUUGCAUAGCUUUGUGUUUGUGGUUUUUGCUCAGUGGAGCUCACCAUGGCCAUAAUUAAAGCUGUUGGAUUCUCCACUUCAGUCAAGAAAAGGUGAUGUUUCAAACGCAAUCUCUCCUGACGAAGAGGAUCAGAGUUAUCUGAGAUAGUGUUCUUUCUUCUCAUUUGUGUCCAUCUUAUAAACAGGCCGUCCUGUCUAUAUCAUGCCCUGGGAGAAAAUCUGUUCUUCUCAGUCCCUCUUAAGUCGUAACAGGAAGAACUGAAGUAUGCACAUUUGUAUAGAAUGGUGUGGGUAUGUGAGUGGGUUCAGAGAUUCAUAUGUAAAUAUUCCUUUAAUGAAAAAACCUCAACAAAGCAUUUAUUACUCAUCAGUGAUGAGAGAGUGUUUACACCACGGAAAUUGGCAAAUGCCACAAAUCAAGGCUUUUUUUUUCCGGAGAUGUGAUUUAUCAGUACACUGCUAAACAUUUUGGUAUCAGUUUACAAAUAAAAGCCGUCCUGAUUUUGAACAAGA